UUUUCUUGCUCUGUGCGAGUCGCUUUGUGGCCAUCCAGUCACAAAUCGUCGUCGAAGGGGACAAUCAAACUGUUAACCCAUUUAUCGAGGCAAGCCGCCAUUUUCAUCUCACUGCUCCAGGAGAGCCAAGCUUCUUCGUCUGCCUUUUUCUUCCCUUUUAGCCGAAGCCGAUCAUCAAAAUGGAGCCGCCAUUGUCCAGCAAUUCGUUUCAGAAUUCCAAGGAACAAGAGCUAUCUGUUUCCAGUUCUGGGUUUAUGAAACCCCAGGUUUUAGGGGCCUCGUCGAUCAUCAAACAGCCUCCCAAAAUGCUCAAAGACAAAGGGAUUAUUUCACUUAACGUUGAGGUGAUUGAUCUUGACGACGAUGAAGCUUCUGAUGCUGAUAUGGCCAUGUUUCUUCAGGACAAUUUUGACGCAAAUAACAAAGGAAAGGGUUUAUAUCACCAUAGUGAUCAUCAAUUGAAGAAAACAUCGUCUAGCCGUUCAUUUAUUCCAGAUGUGGAAGUCAUAGAGAGUACAAACAAAGAUGAAUCUAACUUACCCUCAGCAUCACAUAACUUCAUUGAUCUAGACAAUUAUUGCUCCGAGUCAUCGGCUGAAGACGACGAGUGGAUUCCUUUUGAUGAGGUUAUGGAUGUGGAUGCAUAUUCAGCUCUACAAGCUCAUUUUGAUCAUAUGGAUAUUCCUUCUGAUAUUGAAGUUCCCAUACCUUGGCUUCCUCAUGGUCAAAAGGGAAACCAGACAAACAUUGAAACUAGUUCAUUAUUAGCAGAACCCCAAAUCAAACCAGACGCUGUUAAUCAGCUAGGAAGAGCAUCUGCUCUGUUGAAGUUGAAGGCAGCUUUAGCAAAUAGCCUAAGCUUGCCGGCUGAUAUUGAUGUUCUGAGUCAUCUUCAUGAAAGUUUUGAGCCUUUUCCUUCAUUUUCUUCACAAGAUACUCAACCAAAUAAGAAAACGACUGCAUCCCAAUACAGGGACAAAUCAGUUUCACCUUAUGAGGUCGGUCACGUAAAUUCUUUACUCGGUACUCACGUAGCAAAAGCGUGGUGGUCAGAUCAUUUAAAGUGUAAAAAGAAGCAAUAUGGUUCAAAUAAUAGUUCUUUUAACCAACCGGAUGCAAUGAAGCUCCAUAAUGGAGGUGAGACAUCUGCUACACCUGACAGUGUAAAGAAGCAAGCUGGUAUACAUAAGAUGCCCCAUCAUUCAAAUUUCCCUGGCCAUAUGGACAUCUUUAAGAACAUGCAACCAGGACAAUUCAUACCAUAUGGGCCAGAAUAUACCAAAAUGAAAGCCAAGGACCCAUUUUUUGCCACUCAUACGGCUUCAGGUCUUCCAUUUUAUCCUCUUGGCGCUCCUCCUACACUUGGAGAAGCUGUAGAUAUGCCAUGGACUCAGGGCUCCACCCAACAUUAUACAAACAUUGCUCCAGACAACUCGACAAGUGUAUCGAUCUCACCCGAAAACUUGGAUGCUAUCUUGGCGAACUUCGAGAGCUUUAAACAAUUUGAUACUGUUGAUGAUCAUUCUGACCAUUACUAUUCAAGCAAUGGUUUUAGCAUGAAACAGGAACCCAAGAAAUGGACAAAGAAAGUUCAGGAGGAAUGGAAGAUCCUGGAGAAGGAUUUACCUGAAACUAUAUUUGUUAGGGUCUAUGAGUCAAGAAUGGAUCUUAUGAGGGCUGUCAUUAUUGGAGCACAGGGUACACCAUACCAUGAUGGCUUGUUUUUCUUUGAUAUAUUUUUCCCGACCAACUAUCCGGAUGCACCACCAAAAGUACAUUACCAUUCUGGAGGUCUUCGACUUAACCCGAACUUGUAUAACUGUGGGAAAGUAUGUCUUAGUCUGCUUAACACCUGGGAUGGCAGAGGAAAUGAGAAGUGGCUUCCGGGUAUGUCGACGAUGCUUCAGGUUCUUGUGUCUAUCCAAGGCUUGAUCUUGAAUACCAAGCCAUACUUUAAUGAGCCUGGAUAUGAGUAUCAAAAUGGAUCCGCUAUGGGUGAGGAUAAGUCUCAACGGUAUAACGAGGACACGUUCCUUCUGUCGAUUAAAACCAUGGUGUAUAACAUCAGGAGGCCACCAAAGCAUUUUGAGGACUUUGUUAGGGGACAUUUCUUCAAAAGGGGUCAUGAUAUCCUGGUGGCAUGUAAGGCAUAUACAGAUGGUGCUGAGGUGGGAUCUCUAGUUAAAGGAGGGGUUCAAGAUCUGGACGUGGGCGACAAGAGCUGCUCGAGCCAUUUUCGACAUUCCCUGAGCAAACUUUUGAGUAUGCUUGUUGUUGAACUUAAAAAAAUUGGGGUCAGUGACUGCGAGAAGUUCAUGCCACGGCAAACGCCAUCGACUUGGUAGGCAUGGUAAAGCUCAAUUAGAAAGUUUAGAAGGUGAUGGUGCCAAAGAGUUGGUUUUGGGAUCGAUUUAGGACACGUAAACGUCUAACCAAAACGAACUUGACUGGAUUCAUAAUUGUCUAGAAUAGUUCAUAGUUUAGAUAUCAAUCGUAAUAGAGCAUGCAUGCUGCCAUGUCUAUAGUUCCUUCAUAAUGAACACAUAUGAGCUCUUGUACAUAGCUCCUACAUGCACCGGAGGAUAAUAUAUUUCCCUUUCAAUAGGUUAUGAUAAUGGUAUCACGUCUUUGAUUUCCACAAA